GGCCCGCCCACCGCGCGUGCCCCAAGCUCCGCCCAGGCUCCGCUCCCCGGCACCUCCCCCGCGUCUUCCGCGCCGGCUGCGCCCGCACCGACGUCGCGCCCACUGGGCUUGGGGCGGAGGAGCGGAGAGGCGAGGCCUGGACGUCUGGCGAGCCCGGGCAGCGGAACUGACGCCAGCGGGCUUCCGGGGGCGGCCCCCGGGGAGGUCGGCGGCAGCGCCGCAGUCGUGGAGGGGCAGUGGGAGCGUAAGCGGUCGCGGCGACGCUAAGUUCCGCACGGGCUCUUUCUCGUCUCACGCUUCCCCUUCCUCUCGCAUAGUCGCGUGCUCCCUCCCCACGGCGGCUCUUCCCGACGGGAUCUUUCGGAGUGCGGUUGCUGAGGAGAAGCCAUCGCCACCUCGUCUUGGGGCCGAGUGAGGGUGCCUGUCGCGCCGCGUCGCCUCCUGCGCUGCCUCCUUGCCCCCAGAGGUGGGCGCUCUUCUCGUUCGAAGCACUCCCCCCAGCUCCAUGAAUGGAAAUCGGCUCCGCAGGACCCGUUGGGGCCCAGCCCCUACUUAUGGUGCCCAGAAGACCUGGCUAUGGCACCAUGGGCAAACCCAUUAAAUUGCUGGCAAACUGUUUUCAAGUUGAAAUCCCAAAGAUUGAUGUCUACCUCUAUGAGGUAGAUAUUAAACCAGACAAGUGUCCUAGGAGAGUGAACAGGGAGGUGGUUGACUCAAUGGUUCAGCAUUUUAAAGUGACUAUAUUUGGGGACCGUAGACCAGUUUAUGAUGGAAAAAGAAGCCUUUACACAGCCAAUCCACUUCCUGUGGCAACUACUGGGGUAGAUUUAGAUGUUACUUUACCUGGGGAAGGUGGAAAAGAUCGACCUUUCAAGGUGUCAAUUAAAUUUGUCUCUCGGGUGAGUUGGCACCUACUACAUGAAGUACUGACAGGACGGACCUUGCCUGAGCCACUGGAAUUAGACAAGCCAAUCAGCACUAAUCCUGUUCAUGCCGUUGAUGUGGUGCUACGACAUCUGCCCUCCAUGAAAUAUACGCCUGUGGGGCGUUCCUUUUUCUCAGCUCCAGAAGGAUAUGACCACCCCCUCGGAGGCGGCAGGGAAGUAUGGUUCGGAUUCCAUCAAUCUGUCCGACCUGCCAUGUGGAAAAUGAUGCUUAAUAUUGAUGUUUCUGCCACUGCCUUCUACAAAGCACAACCUGUAAUUCAGUUCAUGUGUGAAGUUCUUGACAUUCAUAAUAUUGAUGAGCAGCCAAGACCUCUGACUGAUUCUCAUCGGGUAAAAUUCACCAAAGAGAUAAAAGGUCUGAAGGUUGAAGUGACUCAUUGUGGAACAAUGAGACGGAAAUACCGUGUUUGUAAUGUAACAAGAAGGCCUGCCAGUCAUCAAACCUUUCCUUUACAGUUAGAAAACGGUCAAACUGUGGAGAGAACAGUAGCACAGUAUUUCAGAGAAAAGUAUACUCUUCAGCUGAAGUACCCACACCUUCCUUGUCUGCAAGUGGGGCAGGAACAGAAACAUACCUACCUGCCACUAGAAGUCUGUAAUAUUGUGGCAGGGCAACGAUGUAUCAAGAAGUUAACAGACAAUCAGACUUCCACAAUGAUCAAGGCAACAGCAAGAUCUGCGCCAGAUAGACAAGAGGAAAUUAGCAGAUUGGUAAGAAGUGCAAAUUAUGAAACAGAUCCAUUUGUUCAGGAGUUUCAAUUCAAAGUUCGGGAUGAAAUGGCCCAUGUAACCGGACGUGUACUUCCAGCACCUAUGCUGCAGUAUGGAGGACGGAAUCGGACAGUAGCCACACCAAGCCAUGGAGUGUGGGACAUGCGGGGGAAGCAGUUUCACACAGGAGUUGAGAUAAAAAUGUGGGCUAUAGCUUGUUUUGCCACACAGAGGCAGUGCAGAGAAGAAAUACUGAAGGGUUUCACGGACCAGCUGCGUAAGAUUUCUAAAGAUGCAGGGAUGCCCAUCCAGGGCCAGCCUUGCUUCUGCAAAUAUGCGCAGGGGGCAGACAGCGUGGAGCCCAUGUUCCGGCAUCUCAAGAACACCUACUCUGGGCUACAGCUCAUUAUCGUCAUCCUGCCAGGGAAGACGCCCGUGUAUGCGGAAGUGAAACGCGUAGGAGAUACACUUUUGGGUAUGGCCACACAGUGUGUCCAAGUCAAGAAUGUAAUAAAAACAUCCCCUCAAACUCUCUCAAACCUGUGCCUAAAGAUAAAUGUUAAACUCGGAGGGAUCAAUAAUAUUCUUGUACCUCAUCAAAGACCUUCUGUGUUCCAGCAACCAGUGAUCUUUUUGGGAGCAGAUGUCACUCAUCCACCAGCUGGUGAUGGGAAGAAGCCUUCGAUUGCUGCUGUUGUAGGUAGUAUGGAUGCCCACCCAAGCAGAUACUGUGCCACAGUAAGAGUUCAGCGACCCCGACAGGAGAUCAUCCAGGACUUGGCCUCCAUGGUUCGAGAACUUCUCAUUCAGUUUUAUAAGUCAACUCGGUUCAAACCUACUCGUAUCAUCUUUUAUCGGGAUGGUGUUUCAGAGGGACAGUUUAGGCAGGUAUUAUAUUAUGAACUACUAGCAAUUCGAGAAGCCUGCAUCAGUUUGGAGAAAGACUAUCAACCUGGAAUAACCUACAUUGUAGUUCAGAAGAGACAUCACACUCGAUUAUUUUGUGCUGAUAGGACAGAAAGGGUUGGAAGAAGUGGCAAUAUCCCAGCUGGAACAACAGUUGAUACAGAUAUUACACACCCAUAUGAGUUUGAUUUUUACCUCUGUAGCCAUGCUGGAAUACAGGGUACCAGCCGUCCUUCACACUAUCAUGUUUUAUGGGAUGAUAACUGCUUUACUGCAGAUGAACUUCAGCUACUAACUUACCAGCUCUGCCACACUUACGUGCGCUGUACACGAUCUGUUUCUAUACCUGCACCAGCAUAUUAUGCUCACCUGGUGGCAUUCAGAGCCAGAUAUCAUCUCGUGGACAAAGAACAUGACAGUGCUGAAGGAAGUCACGUUUCAGGACAGAGCAACGGGCGAGAUCCACAAGCUCUUGCCAAGGCUGUACAGAUUCACCAAGAUACCUUACGCACAAUGUACUUUGCUUAAAAAGUCCAAGAAUAUUUCUCUGAGAGGAAGAACUGAAAGAUGCAUCGACAUACAGCAUAUGUUUCCGGUGGAGUCAGUUGAGUGGGGAUGCCUCCAGCCAUACAGCAGCCAACACUGUGUGGGGACCAGGGUCUGAUUUUUAUGUUGAUACAAGAAAGAUUGUUUACUUCAUCAAGGAACACAGCACCAUUAUGCAAUAUGAAACCAGCCAACUGCUUUUUUGUGCGGUCUCCUUAGGAAGUAUCGCCAUUGUUUUGUUUUCACUUUCUUGUAGUCUAACCCUUUUAAUGCCUUUACCUCAAGUUGCUUGGCAGCACAACUAUCUUUGCAAAAAAAAAAAAAGUAAAGAAAAAGUAAAUGACAGUUAAAAAAAAAACACACACCUACGUGAAUAAUCUAAGUGAUUGUUCAUGAUUAUGUGUGCAAAAAAAUUAAUGUGCAUUCGUGUAUUCUUGUAAAAGGUAUCUGUGUAUAUUUUAAAUAUAUACAUGUAUACUUCAUGUGCAUAUAUAUCUGGAUCUACAUUGAUAAUAGAUAUAUAUGUGUCUGUGCGUGUAUUUUAUAGUUCAUUCCAUUGGGGAACUUAAUUUCCCUUUUAUUAUCUUCCCACCACCACUUUGAUUUUUCUCUCUACCUCCCUUGCCUUCAUUACCUACAUUUUUUUUUCUUAAUGCUACCAGUGACAUUCAGAUGUUCAUGUAUCUGGUUCAUUUGGAUAUAAAGCAUGGCAAACUAGAUUUUUAUUUUAUUUUGCACACCCCACUCCUGUCUCUUGUCUCACGGGCAAUUCCAAGUCCUCAACUCUUGAUAUUGCUUUCUGAAGAAACAAAAUUACUAUAUAUAUAUAAAUAUAUAUAUAUAUAUAUAUAUAUAUAUAUAUAUAUACAAUGUUUCUGUGAGAAUGCGAGUCUGCCCCCUCCUGCUCUGAAUUUACAUUUGCCAUUUGUGCAGUGUGUACAUAAGCAGUAGCAACCUUAAACUAUUCUUUUUCUUUAGUCUGUUAAAGCUGCUAUAAAUAUAAAACCUUGUCAGAAGUUGUAACUCAGAAAUUUCUCUCUAUAAGUGAUAUGUAUUCUAAAGCCUUCUGUUUCUAUGGGUUAUACAUGAAAGUCCCUUAUAACUUUUAUAAAGGGCAAAUAUUCUAAAUGAUUGGAACUCUUUAAGGUUGAGGCCUCUGAAAUUGGGUGGAGAGAGAGAAGGGGUUAUUUGAGGGGUUUUUUUAUUUUAUUUUAUUUUUGCUAGUUUACUUGCUGCCUCUCAUACCUUAAUGUGAUUUUCAUAUAUAUAUAUUUUUAUAUAUAUGUGUGUAUAUAUAAACAUAUAUGUAUGUGUUUUGAAGUACAGCUUCCUUUUCUUUUAUAUUUAUUAGAAUAGUGCUUUAAUAAUUAGAGAACUGUAUUGGCAACGUCUUUUAUAGAAAUGUAAUCAUGUUUAUUUUAAGAACUGACAACUUGUUUUUGCUGUCUUUUAGUGCAAUAAGCAGUUUUAAAGGAAAGCUGUGUCUGUUUGAUAUCUUUACCACGGAUAGUGGGAGAAACAGGCACCUCCAUAAUUUUAAAAGGGCAAAGUAAUACAGCCUUAAUUUCAGAAGGAAAGUUUUGUAAUUUUUCAAGUUUAAAGCAUGUCUUUUAAAAAUCAUAAUGAAAAUCAAGGAAGUUAAAUUUCCUAAUGAGUCUGACCGUGAUUAUUAGAGAUAGAGUUGAGCUUUGUUUUAAGAAAUGACAGUGAAUGGGGCACCUAACUGGCUCAGUCACUAGAGCAUGUGACUCCUGAUAUCGGGGUUGUAAGUUCAAGCCCCACAUUGGGUGUGGAGCCUACUUUAAAAAAAAAUAAGUGAAUAGCUUAAGAUUUAGAAAAUAUUUAAUUCUUUGAAAAUGGAUCACAUUUAUUGAACAAUCAUACUGGUUAGGUGCCCAUUUUCAUAUAUUCAAAUGAAUCAGGAAAAUAUAAAAUGAUAUUUUCAAAACAUUUUUUUGCCAAUUUAUCAGCAGUGUAACUUUCCUUUUAAAAUUAGGGUUCUGGUGGCAAAGAAAGUUAGGACUUUGAUCAUUUUUAAAAAGUUAAAUCACUGAAAUGUGGAAAAAGUUUUAUCAAACUUCUGUUUUAUUGAUUUCACUUUAAGAUAUUAAAAAGUAUUAUAGAGCUGUCAAAAUCGAGUUCAUCAGUAACAUUGGAUUCAGGGGAGCUUUGCACUUUGUGACUCAUGAAAAUUGCAUUUUAAUUUUUUUUUCUUUUUUGCACUGGUUCAGAGUAUAGAUACUGCAGAUUGUUUCCAGUGGGCAUUGUUAAACCUUUCAGAAUUCCAUCUGCACAUGAUAACAAAUGGAUUAGCUCUUUAGUUUCUCUCUUACCUGUAAUCCACUCUUAUUGCCAAUUUACUGUAUUUUGAGCCUAAAAUCUGAGCCCAUGUCCUCCAACAGGUAUGAAAUCUUUCGUUCCUCUGCCAGAAAACUAAGAAAGUACUGUAUUUUGUAUGUUUAUUAUUGAAGUGUCUGAAAUGCAAUUUACAACACUGUUUCAAAGCUCUUUACAUGAAAUAAUAUUUGUACAGUAUAUACAUUUUUUCUUCCUACCCUCCCCCCUCCUCCAAAAAUUUCCUGUAAAGCACGUAUUUUUUUUUAACGUCGACAUUUCACUGAAUACAGUCAGGAACGUGAAUAGAAGAAGAAAAUAGUAUACCCUCGAUGCUAAAGCAUUGAUUGCUAUAUGCUUUCUCAGUAGGAGUAAAACACCUUCAUUUACCAGUGGAAGUUAGCCAGACUUACUAUGGGAAACUGUAGGCCCAGGAAAGAACUGUCGAUACCUUUUCUCUAUUUACCAUUUCAUCUAAUUUCCAGUUACUUAGUUUCCAUGUGCUAGAAUGAAACCCAUAAUUUAAAUCUAUUUAGAAGGACUUUUAAUGAGGAAAAACAAUUUUUUUUAAUAUAAAGCUUUACCUUUAAAGUGAGUUCUUUUUUAGGGUUUCUUUCUUACAGUUUCACAUUGCUAGUUUAAAGUUGGUUACCCUGAAAGAAUAUGUAUAGUAUAUUUUGCUUACUAACAAAUUGGAAUAUCAAACUUAAUUAAAAGAAGACUUGUGCUUAGAAUUUAAAAGACAAGGUGGCAAGUACUUUUUGAAAUUUGUUUUAAUUAUUAUUGCACUUCUGGUGUCGAAUUUCUGAUCUUUUUUUAUUGAAAGUUUUUUAAAGGAUUGUUUUGAAUUUAAAGGUCAUGAAACUCAAUGACCUUUCUGUUCCUGCCUUUGCUCACUAAAUUAUAUAAUGAAUGCUAAAUUUUGGUCUGCUGUUUUCUAUGAUGCAUAAGAGUGACUUUAAAAUGUCAUUCCCAGCCACUGCUAUAAUUGAUUUUCAUGUGAAGAAGAGCUGGGAGUUUAAUGUAUAUUCUGGGUGGCAGAUGUGUCUGGGUAAAGUGCCGAUAUAUGUUAUUAUGUAUCAAGUUACUGGCAUUGAGGACUAUACAUUUAUAAUACUGUAGCUGCUAUAUUUAUUUAAUUAUGUAGAGUCUGACAGUUACUGCACUAAAGGAUACUAAGGAGAUGAGCAGGAUUGGAGGCUGGUGUUAAGACACCCCCCCCUUUUUUUCCUAAAUAAGAUUAAGAACAUGAAAUAACAAGGUAACAAAGGGUGCUGCCGUUUUAGUUUCAAUUAAAUAUUAGGAUACUCUGUUUUAGACGUGCGGAUUUUUACUUUAGCGGUUUUGCAAAAGGGUACCUCAACCUCCUCAGUACUGGUUUUUGGUAUAUUUUCACAGACGUACAGAUGCCCUUUAUUUUUUAAUAUAUUACCUUUUAACAAAUUACUCAGAAAAAAAAAAAGUUCUUCUAUGGAAAUCUACCUGUUUGUAAUCUAUUAAUUUAUUUCUCUUCCUAGAAGAGUCUGGAAGGGAUUCUAGUAGGAAUGUACCAGGUGUUGUGGAAGGCACUUGAUAAAGAUUCAUCUCUACCUUCUAGCAUAGGGACUCCUAGCCUUCUAAAGACCCAUACUAGUUCUCCAAACUAGGUUCUCUGAUGGCCCACCACUGCCUGAUGUUUACUUGUAUAUUUUGUAGUAAAUUUUAGGAUGACAGACAGCAUGACAGGCUUAGUCAUGACAGACUUAAAGGAAAUAAAAUCUGAGUUGCCAUUCAGUAGAAAUGGCUGACAGAGGAUCUCGGUGUUUAAGGAAGAGGUCAAUACUCAGAGUGCCCAUAACAGAUCUGAAGUAAUUAGAUGGAUUAUAGGCCAGGAAUUAGAGACGAUUGUUAAAGAAAUUUGGUGUUUUCGGAGGCUAACAUGAAUUUGCCAAGGGUGGUGAUUUUUAUGAAAUCCUUCAAGCUAACCGCUUGGGUUCAGCUAGAGUAUUUUGUAAUCUUGCUAUUUCAAACUUGAUAGAAAUAUGUUGCCAAAAAGCUUAACUGAUAACUCUGUAUAAUCUUUUUUUAAAUUUUAUUUCUUUGUUUGACAGACAGAGAUGACAAGUAGGCAGAGAGGCAGGUAGAGAGAGCGGGGAAGCAGGCUCCCUGCUGAGCAGAGAGCCUGAUGCCGGGCUCGAUCCCAGGACCCUGGGACCAUGACCCUAGGACCAUGACCCUAGCCGAAGGCAGAGGCUUUAAUCCGCUGAGCCACUCAGGUGCCCCUAUAAUUUUUAAUCGGUAUCAUUAAACCUGAGUUAAAUAUUUGGUUAAGUCAUCUCUUAGAUGUUCUCCUAUUGAGUAUUUUUAAAAGACAGGUUGCUCCUGUGAAUAACUUGGUACUUAAGUUAUCUUUUUUGAGUUAUCAAUCAAGCUGCAAAAAGACAUCGUUGGCUUGGCAUCUUUAUUUUGCCUUUUUUAUCCAUAUAAAGUUUUAAUCUUUUUCAUUCUCUUUGAGACUUCAUGGAUGUCUUAAAGUUUCAAUAAUAAGAGUUGGGAGACUUUAUAUAUAUCCAGUGAUUUCUCCCUGAGUGGCAGUAUAACCCUGACUCUAGAGUCUGUCUUUAUUUUCCUAUAUCCCUCCCAUUUGAUCAUAUAAAGCACUUUCAUGAUUCUGUAGGAGUCAAAACAAAUAAGCCAAGAAUAGAUGAGUAAAAUCAGUACAGAGAUGUGAAAGAGUUUUCUCCAAAAAAUCUUAAAAAAAAAAUUUCUGCUUGUACUAAAAACAUUCUUGAUCAGUGAUGAUGUUAGAAAUAAUACCAUGAUUAGUGAAACCUAAGCUGACUCUCAGGAGAAAAAAAAUCUCUUUCCCCCUCUCACUCCCUUUCUCUUUCUAUAGAUAUCUCAAAGGGAAAAAAUAUUUUUUGACUUUUUCCUACUUUUAAAAAUGGUACAUUUCAGUUUAUGACUUUUUUUUAACUAAUGUAUAAUGGUCAAGGCUUGUGCUAAUACUAUCUACUGCUAGUUGAAUUUUAUUUUUCUUUACCCAGCAAAGAAUAGUACUCUAGAUUUUUACAGUGUUCAUUAAACCUCAAGAAUCUAAUGUUCUAAAGUAUGAAAACUAAAUAUUUUAAUUUGAAUUAAAAAUAGAUAAUAAAUUUAAUAUGGAAGGUUGAGAUUUACCAGUAAGAAGCUCACAAAAUUAAGAUUCUGUUAAUUGAUCUGUCCAGCCAUUGGUCUCCCUUCCUUUUUGAAAUCAAUGUCUGAAGUAACCAAAACCUAAUGUAUCUAUGUUGGGAUCUCAGUAAAGCAAAGAUGUUCUUCAGGGUAGAGCUGAAUUAAAUUUUUAAAUCAUUUUUUAAAGCAAGGCGGUUUUUAGAAAGUGCCUUUUCAGAAGAUGGUGCUGUAGAUUUUUAUUUUUCAAAUACCAUGAGACUAAAAAUUUAAAAGAUAAAUUAUUUUAGAACUCGAAGAGUGUGACAGUUUCAUAUAAAUAAUGUUAUUUGUUGUCCUGAAUCUGGUCCAAGGGAACCAAGUAAAGGUUUUAUUCAGUAAAGCAUCAGGUAAAUGCUCACCAAAUGAAUUUUGUAGGUUUGAAAAAUAAAUUUUUAACAGAAUUAACCCUUUCAGUUCUCAGCUUUGUUGAAGGUAAUCUGUAAGGCACAUAAAACAGCAAAUCUGCUAAACUUUUUAACAAGAGUAUAAGUAUGAUAGCAAGUGCCCAGAGGGAAAGGUAACUUGCCAGGGAAUUAUAUGUCAUAGACUACUUUUCUUUUUUCUUUAUCCUUUUUCUUUUCUUUUCUUUUCUUUUUUUCAGCAUAGAUUGACCCUUCUGUAAAUAUCUAUUGGUAUCCUUUUCUAAUUAAUAUUUAUUAAAGACUGCUUAUAUAUAAAAGGAGAGCCAAAUCAUCAUGGAAAUUAGUGUAAGAGAAAAAAUAAAGUGAUUUUUAUCUCUAUCUUUAGGGAAAUUCGCUUUUUUAGACACCAAGAAAUAUUUUAAGUGAUUGUCUCUUUUUCUACUGGGGGUGGGGGGGAGACUGUGAAAAAUGAUGACAGUGCAUCUAAAAGGGUAUGGUCAGUUAAUUAGAAAUGCAACAUGCAAAAUUGGGCCUUGGAGGAAAUAAGCAAUAUGAAGGGUAAUAGCAGAACCAUUCAUACUUAAUAGAAAUGUAGCAAUCUACCAGAAAGCAGUUUUCUCCUGGAAUGUUUACUCCACUAGUACUAGUAAACAGCAGUAAAUGAUCACCUAACCAGUUCUUUUUGUGAAUUUGGUGAGCAUUUCUCCAGAAAAGAAUAGACUAAAAACAAAAAACACCACACCUCAGUUACCUUGUAUGCUGCAUUAUGUAAUAAUGAUAGUAAAAUUAUAUCGAUUGUUUGGAGUGUACUGUGUCUGUUUGCAAAUAUACGUGCACAUUAAACUUUUUCAUUUUUUAUAAU